AAAUCAAGGAAACUAAUACUUCAAAAAUACACAAUCUAUGAAACCAGCACAAGGGUUUACAUUGUUGGCAGUAAUGGACGGGAGACUAUGUUUAGGGUGUUGGAAAUAGAUCUCACUACAUCAAAAGAGGAAUUGUCUAUUGUUGAGGAUAAUGUGUUUUUCACAAGAAAGGAAAUCAUGAAUGUUUUGUCUAGGUUGGAAGAAACCAACGCUGAAGGGUUAACCAAGAAAUUGACAGGAUUUGGAUUACUUGGAUUCAUACGAUUUACUGACUGCUACUAUCUUUGUGUUGUUACUAAAAGGUCUCCUAUCGCAAUCCUAGGUGGUCACUAUCUUUACCAUAUUGAUGAUACACAAUUGAUCCCUAUCUCCAACAACUACAAGAAGCCAGAUAAUUACAGUGAAGAAGCCAGGUUUCUUGCCACUUUUGCAAAUUUAGAUCUUUCAAAGACUUUUUAUUUCAGUUAUACUUAUGACCUUACAAAUACUUUGCAAAGAAAUAUACUUCGGGAAAAGAAGAAAGCGUACGGGUUUCCCAAUACAGAAAAGUUCCAUGACCAAUACAAUGAAAUGUUUAUUUGGAACAGUUCUUUAUUGAAACCAAUUGUUGAAACAUAUGAUAGACUUUAUGACUGGUUUCAACCAAUUAUACAUGGCUUUAUAGAUCAGGCCAACGUGUCAAUUUUUGACAAGAAAGUUUACAUCACAGUCAUUGCAAGGAGAUCACAUCAUUUUGCUGGAGCCAGGUUUUUGAAAAGAGGUGUGAAUAAUCAAGGUAAUGUUGCCAAUGAAGUUGAAACUGAACAAAUUGUGUCAGACCUAUUGACUACAAGUUUCCAUGAUACUGGAUGUGGGUUUUAUAAUAAUCCAAGAUACACAUCUUAUGUCCAACAUAGGGGGUCAAUACCAUUGUUUUGGUCACAAGAAGGUACAAAUUUGAAACUUGCAAAACCACCUAUUGAAAUUGAUAUCAUAGACCCAUUUUUCAGCUCUGCUGCACUACAUUUUGACGAUUUGUUCAAGAGAUAUGAUAGUCCCGUAUUGAUUCUCAACUUGAUCAAGCAAAAAGAAAGAAACCCAAGGGAGACAAAAUUGCUUAAAGAAUUUGAAGAAUGCAUCAGGUAUUUGAACCAGUUUCUUCCUGAAGAAAGUAAGCUCAAAUAUACAGCUUGGGAUAUGAGUAGGGCAUCUAAAUCAGAUGGUCAAGAUGUUAUUGAAUUUUUGGAAACUUAUGCUGAUGAGACCCUUAAAACAACAAGUUUCUUCCAUAAUGGGCCAAGUCUUGAUACUACUAAGCUACAGCAAGGUAUUUGCAGAACCAAUUGUAUUGAUUGUUUGGAUAGAACCAAUGCUGCACAAUUUGUAAUUGGUAAGAGGGCACUAGGUUACCAGUUACACGCUCUUGGAAUAAUUGAUGAUGUGUUUAUAGAUUAUGAUUCAGAUGUUGUGAAUAUAUUGACAGAAAUGUUUCAUGAUCAUGGUGAUACUAUUGCCUUACAAUAUGGUGGUUCUCAUUUGGUGAAUACUAUGGAAACUUAUAGAAAGAUUAACCAAUGGUCCUCACAUUCAAGAGAUAUGAUUGAAAGUAUCAAAAGAUUUUACAGUAAUUCUUUUGUUGAUGCACAAAGACAAGAGGCAAUUAAUCUUUUUUUGGGUAACUAUGUUUGGGAAAAAGGGAAACCUAUGUUAUGGGAUUUGAAUACUGAUUAUUACUUACAUAACAUACAAUCAUUAUCAAAACAAAAAAGAAGCUAUAGAUAUUGGUGGACAGAGUCCAAUUUGAUUAAAUUCCGUGAUGCAUAUGAUGUCCCAAAAGAUGGAUUAGUGUUGAAGAAACUAGAGCCAUAUCAAGGGUUCUUUGAUAACUACUGGAAUGAAUAUUACGUUCCAAGAAGGUUGACACUGUUUGAGAAAUUAUUUGAAAUCAAUAUGAAUUCCACGCUAAGGUACAUUGCUCCAAUUGAAAAUUUGGAAGAUGCUUUUAUUAUUUCUCCAUUUAAAUCUAGAAAACAGACAUCAAUCAAUCACAAGCUUAGA